AUGGCUGAUGCUGUUCUGAAUCAGCUUUGGGAUGCAUCGAACCACGAACAAGCAUUGCGACAAGUCAGCUACAGCACAGUAACUCCCAUCAAGCUGACGAACUUCGUGGACGGCUUUUUCUCCACCUCGAGCUCAACUUCCGCCCAGCUCGACUCUGUCAACCCGCAGAACGGCAAAAGCUAUGCCAAGGUCCCAAACAGCUCCGCGAACGAUGUUGAUGCUGCGGUGUUGUCCGCGCACCGCGCCUUCAGCUCCUGGUCCAAAACUUCUCCAGCAGCACGGAGUAUCACACUGAACAAGAUUGCCGACAUUAUUGCAUCGAGGAGGAAUAUCUUCGCCACAUGGGAAAGUAUAGAUCAGGGCAAGACCUACGAGCGAGCCCAGAUUGAGAUCGACAGAGCUGUGUCGAACUUUCGCUACUUCGCUGGAUACAUUCUACACCAAGAGUCUGCUGCACGAUUUACCGACACCAAUCACCUAACGUAUGAGCACCACUCGCCAAAGGGUGUGUUUGCUCUGAUAAGCCCAUGGAACAUGCCACUUUACCUCCUCACCUGGAAGAUUGCACCUUGUCUAGCAUUCGGCUGCGCUGCCGUCGCUAAGCCGAGCGAAUUGACCAGUGUCACUGCUUUCCUUCUCGCGAAUGUGCUGCGGGAGGCUCGGCUGCCCAAUGGUGUGAUCAACAUCAUAUUCGGGGCUGGAGCGCCCACUGGCAAGGCCCUAGUCAAUCACAAGCUGGUCAAAGGGAUCUCAUUCACUGGUGGUACCGCCACCGGCAUCCAGAUCCGCAAGGACACCGCUGAGGCCAUUGGCAAACACUUAUCUUUACAGCUCGGUGGCAAGAAUCCUACGCUUGUUUUCGCCGAUGCUGACCUGGCUGAGGCCGUGAGGACUUCUGCCAUCGCUGCCUUCGAAAAUCAGGGUGAGAUUUGUCUGUGCGGCUCCAGAACCUACGUUGAAAGAUCACUAUUCACAACGUUCGUCAUACAUUUCGUGCUGCAUGUAGCAGCCAACUACAAGCUUCGUUGCAACGUCGGCGCUGUCGUUUCGGCAGCUCACUACGACAAAGUGAGAGGCUACUUGGCGCUGGCCAAGAAGGAAGGGGCAAAGUUCGAGCUGGGAGAAGUGCCACCGAAACAGCAACAAGGGGGUUAUUGGAUCCCGCCAACGAUCCUCACUGAUGUCGCUUCCCGGAGUUCCGUUAUGCGCGACGAGAUCUUUGGCCCGGUGGUGACUAUCACACCUUUCGACUCUGAAGAUGAAGCGAUCAAUCUUGCCAACGAUAACCCCAACGGGCUUGCUGCUGUGCUUCUGACGAAGGACAUGUCACGGACGAGGAGAGUGGGCGAGCAGAUUGAUGCUGGUCUGGUCUGGGUGAAUUGCUGGCUUGUACGCCAACUUGCGACCCCAUUUGGAGGCAUGAAGAGUUCAGGUACUGGGCGUGAAGGUGGUGCAUACAGUAGAGAAGUCUUCACGAAUGUGAGGACCCUGCAUAUACCCAUGUGA